AUGGAUCCUGCUAUAUCAUCCAUCAUCCAUAUCUUCUCGCCCUCCCCCGGCUUCCUGUCUACUAUCCAAUGUCUUCGCUUCUUCUUGUUGCUAUGCUCACUGUGGUCUGCUCUCGUCAUUGCACAGCAAACCCCGCCUGAAUGUGCCCUGAAAUGUACCGCUGCUGCCCUGUCUCCCGAGACAUGUCCCUCUUUGACAGACCUAUCAUGUGUUUGCUCAAAUGCUGCAUUCAACGCGAAUGUGUCUACCUGUGUGAUGCAAUCGUGCACUAUCCCUGAAUCUCUCGUCGCGCAGAAUGUAAGCGCCACUCUAUGCGGCGCCCCUAUCCGCAACAGAGCACCGGAGUUGGUUGUCAUCACCAACAUACACAUAGUCCUUCUUGCUGUCUUCGUCGUCGUACGGAUCUUCUUCAAAGUCUUCGUCGCACGCAUACCUCUCGGAUGGGAUGACUGGACUGUGAUUGUCGGUGCCCUCAGCGUUAUUCCAACCGCAGUCAUCCUUGUCUACGGCACAUCUGCCCAUGGCAUGGGUAAGGAUAUAUGGACUCUAGAGCCAGAGCAGAUCACAAAGUCCAUCAAGUUCUCCUACCACCUUACCUGGCUCUACUUCGUCCAAAUUGCGAUGCAGAAGCUCUCCCUGAUCUUCUUCUACCUACGCAUAUUUCCUAGUCAGGGCGUCCAACGACUACUCUGGACUUCCAUCAUGUUCUGCACAGUUUGGGGUCUCGCCUACUUCCUGACCGCCAUAUUCCAGUGUCAGCCCAUCAGCCACUUCUGGGACGGUUGGGAUGGCUUGCAUAAGGGCAAGUGCAUCAACACGACUCCUCUCGCCACCUCACAUGGCGUCAUGAGCAUCGCGCUCGACUUGUGGAUUCUGGGCAUCCCACUGUGGCAACUACGCACCCUCAAUAUCAACUGGAAGAAGAAGAUCGGCGUUGGUAUCAUGUUUUGCGUGGGAAGUUUCGUCACCAUCGUGUCCAUCGUUCGUUUCAAAACUCUCCUUCACUUUGCUUCCUCCUUCAAUGUCACGUGGCAUUACUACGACGUCAUCAAGUGGACCAUCAUCGAAGUUGCCUUUGGCAUCAUCUGCGCCUGCCUGCCAACUGUUCGCAUGGUCUUGGUCAGGAUAUUUCCCGGCCUCGGCGGUUCCAGCAAUCGCUCCCGUCACUACCUCAAGCGGCGUCCGGGUCCGGGAGACGGGAGUGCGGACUACGGCCGCUCCGGACAGUCCUGUCGAUCUAGGUCGGGGGAGAUCUAUGGAAGCUGGAGUGAUCAGAGUGGAACAUGCAUUUGA